AUGACAGAAGCAACCCCUAAAUCAAACGACUACUACGCCCCACCCUCCUCCACUCCCGACACACCCCCAACCUACCCCUCCACCACAUCCUCCCCACCAACCUACACAACCGUCGCCCGCGCCCUAACCACCCUCUCGGAAGGCGACCCGGACGAAACAAUCCCCGUCCCCAUGAUCACACGCACCCUCGCCUUCUCCCUCCACAACUACAACCCCUUCUCGCGCAAACAAGGCGAAGUGCGUCAAUCGAUAAUAAUCCGGCAAAUGAAGCGCUCCUACUACAAUGCACAUUAUGCCAAGGACGCGGAGGGGAAUUUCGUGGGCACGGGAACUCCAGCGCCGGAUCUGGGAUUGGUUUUUGUGCCCGGGAAGGGGAGUAGUGAGGAUAUGCUUAAGCAGGCGAAUGAGGUUGCGCUGGAGGUGCAGAGAAGGAGGGGGAAGGGGAUUGGCAAGUUUGGGAUGCCGCAGGAUGGUCCGGAGGGGGCUAUGAUGGGGGUUUCGCUGCCGGGGGGUAUGUGA